CGCUUCCUUCGUUUCCAACCUUUACCUUCUUCAAUCUUCUCCAUCUUCCUUGUCGAAACUCCUAAAACCCAGCUAAAACCCUUCUUCCCUGCCCGACCUACGUCGAUCUUAGCUUCUUAUGCCCAAAAAACCUGUAGUGAUUUCAUUUAAUUUUUAAAUUUUGCGUUUGAUUUAUUUUUGGCUCUUCUGAAUCUUUUGAUGAAACCUCGAAUCGUCAUCUAGAAACUUUAUCUGAGGCUUUGUCCAUCAGAUCUCAUGGAGAUACCUAGCCGGAUCCAUCAUCUAGAUUUCCCCGAUUUGCCGGUGAAGUUCUCGGAGCAUAUCCUGACGAAGACACGAAAGAUGAUUUCUGCUGGAAAAACGAGAGGCCUUCGGCGAAGGCUCGUACGGAUCGUCUUCGCUGACGAGGACGCCACUGAUUCGUCAUCCAGCGACGAGGAUAACGUACCCUUCACCCGACGGCGUGUCAAGAGGCACGUCCACGAAAUAGGAUUCGAGAUCGGACCUCGCUUUCGACGUCCCACGCCGGCGAAGCGCCGUGCGGAAGACCGUGACCCGAAGCGAUUCCGCGGAGUUCGGCGGCGGCCGUGGGGAAAGUGGGCGGCGGAGAUCCGAGAUCCACACCGUAGGAAAAGAGUUUGGCUCGGAACAUUCGACACGGCGGAGGAAGCCGCCGUUGUUUACGACUCCGCUGCCGUGAAGCUCAAAGGUGAAAACGCCCUCACAAACUUUCCUCACGGAAAGUUACAGUCGCCGGCGGAGGCUGGAUCAACGGAAAAGAGUGUCAAAGAAACCUCCCCGCCGUUCGCCUCUCCGACUUCAGUCCUCCGUAUAGCCGUCGAGCAGACGCCUUUCGACUGCCUUGGUUACGGCGACGUCGAUGCCUUCGGGCUCAGCGUGGAACCGCCGUUAUACUUAACGGAAUUUUCGUUGCCUAAGCGGCAAUGUUGGGAAAUGGAGUUUGGCGAUUUCAAUGCUGAGGAUUUUUCGCUUGAAGUCGUUACGUUCUAGCGUUUAUGUGGAAUUACGAUAAUACCCUCAUAGUGGAAGGGUAAUACCGUAAUUAAAUUAGUUUUGCAUUAGAGUUUUUUUCCGGAUGUGUGUAAGCUAUAACGGUGAGCAAUUAGUAUAUGUUAGUGAGGCUGGCGAGAGUUUUGUCGUUGAUACUCUAUUAAUUAAUUGUGAUAAAAUUAUUAAUUAAAA